AUGAGUCUGUUGGUUUGGUUUGGCUUGGGUGUGGUGGGUUAUACAACAACACAUCAACUUGCAGCACUAACCUAUGGCUCUAAAAAUAGACCUCUAGUUCACUCAACUCUACCCGAUGAUGGUGUUCUGGUUGAACAAAAAUCCAUCAACGUAGCGGGAUUGGCCAAAAGAACAAGAAUUCUUACUUCUUCUCCACAACACAGCAGAGUGUUCUACAUUUAG